UCGUUGGUGGGCGAUUCUGGUGAGCGGAUACUGGUGGUACCGGCGCAGCGAUGGAUCCGUUCACCGAGAAACUCCUCGAAAGAACCCGUGCCAGGCGAGAGAACCUACAGAGGAAAAUGGCAGAGCGGCCCAAGAUGGGGACAAGACCCACAAUGCAGACCAAGAGGGCCAGAGAACCUUUGGCAGAAACCGGUAACCAGGCACCUCUUCCAGGUGAUGAAGUAAAACCAGAUACAAAGCCAUCACCAUCAAAAAGGCUCUGCCCUAAUGAUAUAGAGACUCAAACUUCUAAUUCAGAGAAAGUACAGCCAGUUCCUCCAAGUUCCACAAGCCAUUAUUCUCCUCAGAUGACUUCAGAAUCACACAAAACUGCUUCUAACAGAGCUUCAUUGGUUCAGCCUCUUGAGAAAGUAAAACUAAACACCAAGUCAGAAAUUCCUGCUGCCCUUUCAGUCAAAACAUGUACACAGAAGUUGGCGGAACAGCUGCGCUGCUGGGAUAGUGAGGGUCCUUCUGAAUAUGUUCCUCUGUCUCCUCUCCAGUCAAAAGAUCUGUCUGUUUCUCCACCUAAGCAGACAUCCAAUGCCCUGGCAAGUGAAACCCCUAUUGGGAGAAGAGGCCGUUUAGCUAACCUUGCUGCUACAAUUGGUUCCUGGGAAGAUGACCUAAGUCAUCCAUCUGCAAAGCAAAACAAUGCACAAGAACAGCCUGGCACUACUUGUUUAUCCAAAUUGUCCACUACAAGUGGAGCAUCUGCUAGAAUCAAUAGUAGCAGUGUAAAGCAGGAAGCUGCAUCCUGUUCUCAAAGGCUUGUUGAGGCUUCUAUUAAUAAACCAGCAAACUCAAAGAGAGCGGAUCCAAACAGUAUUUUAAUACAAUCUUCAAGAGCUACUGAUCCCUGUUCUAAACAAUCUGAAGUACAACAACGGCCAACAGAGUAUCCCUGCAGCCCUCAGAAAACUGAAGGGCAUACACAAACGGCGAAGUCAGCUUUGCCUCAACCACUUCAGUCCAAAGCAGAGCCAGUCAAAGGAACACAUGUGCAACUUGAACCUAAGGGUAAACCCACAACACCAGGGGAAUCAGGAAUUAAGCCCUUCCUGGAACGCUUUGGGGAGCACUGUCAAGAGCGUAGUGCAGACAGACCUGCUACGAAUACUUCAGGGUGCAGAACACUCAUUGUUACCCGAAAUACAAGGACAGUCCAGGAGAGGCUUCUCAAUGAAAAUUCCUCUACUGCCAGUUUAGCACUUCAGCUUAAACAGGAACGUGAAAGAGAGCUUGCAUGCCUUCGUGGCCGAUUUGAUAGGGGCAAUCUGGGGAGUGUGGAGAAAACUGACAGUUCAAAGAAGAAGCUUCCAGAAGCUAAAAUGGAAAGCCAAUCUCAGGCUAGUCCAAAACAUCCUCCUGGUUCAGAUGUAUCUGCUCUUGAAUUAUCAGAAGACACAUCAGCAGGUGACAGGCCAGUAAAGUCUUCCAGAGUGGAGUCUUCAGGUAUUUCUAAAUGUGAAGAGACUGAUAAACCCAGUCCUCUGAAGAUUGCUGAGUCAAAGAGCCCUGUAAAAGCAAUGUCUGUCUCAAAACUAGAAGAAAUUGAUGAGAAACCAAAAGGUGAAGUAUAUGAAGGCAAAACACAUGUGGAUGAUGAGAUGAAUAGCUCAAAAGUGAUAAAUGAGAUUUUUGAAAUUCUUCAAGAGGAUGGUCCAGACAUAGAAAAGCUGAAGAAAGAAAUGAGCAUGAGCCUGGAAGAUGAAAGUGAUGAGAAUGAGCAGGAAGAGUCACUGAACAUUUCAUCAAUGUCUCUGUUAACCCCUCUUGUGGAAUCUAUUAUUUCAGAGGCCUUUGGUUCUCCUUCUAAGUCAACAGGGGAAGGUAGCAGUAUCAGUGAUGUAAGUCUGACGUCUGAGAAGUUCCAAAGGACUAGAGUUCCCAGGGGAGAAUCUGGAGACAGUACUGGCUCUAUGUCAGAAGAUUACAACCUUCCUUACAGUGUUGAUGUAUACAGAUCCCAAAGAUUUAAGGAAACUUAUAGUCCUUCAAUAAAACAAGUAAUUGUUCGCAAAGAAGAUGUUGCUUCGAAACUAGAAAUGAGAAGAAAUGGCCCAUCUGAUCAAGUCAAUAUCAAAAAGAAAAUGCAGGAACUGAACAAUAAGAUCAACAUGCAACAGACAGUGAUUUAUCAAGCCAGUCAAGCUCUGAAUUGCUGUUUUGAUGAGGAACAUGGAAAAGGGUCACAAGAAGAAGCAGAAGCAGAGAGACUUCUUCUCUUUGCAACUGAGAAGAGAACUGCUUUAUUGGAAGAAUUGAAUAAACUGAAGAACGAAAGACCACAUUAUAAAAAAAAUAAAACUACUACAUCCACUGAAUUUGUUCCCUCCAGGGGAUCUGUUUCCAUUUCAGAAAUGUGUCUACCUCUAAAAGCAGAUUUUGUAUGUGCUGCAGUUCAAAAGCCAGAAGCAGGAAAUUACUACUAUGUAAUAAUACUGAGAUCUGGAGCAGAAAACAUGGUUGCAACUCCAUUAGCAAGUACUGCCAGUUCUCUCAAUGGAGAUGCUCUUACUUUUACUACGACGUUUACUAUGCAUGAUGUGUCAAAUGACUUUGAAAUAAAUAUAGAAGUUUACAGUUGGGUGCAGAGAAAAGAAGUUACAAGCACUGAUAAAAGGAAAAAAAUAAAUAAAUCUAAGGUUAUUACUCCAAAGAGAUUAUUAACAUCUAUUACCUCGAAAAGCAACCUUCUUACUCCAGCCAUGGCCAGUCCAGGUGGCCCAAAUGCCAUACGGAGUACAAAUUUCAUCCUUGUUGGAUCCCACAAGUUAUCACUGUCUUCUGUAGGAAAUACCAAAUUUGCACUGGACCAGGUUCCCUUUUUGUCUCCUUUGGAAGGUCAUAUAUAUCUGAAAUUGAAAUGCCAAGUGGACUCUUCGAUGGAGGAGAAAGGGUUCUUGACUAUGUUUGAAGAUGUCAGUGGAUUUGGAGCAUGGCAUAGGCGCUGGUGUGUGCUGUCUGGAAAUUGUAUCUCCUAUUGGACAUACCCAGAUGAUGAGAAACUAAAGCAUCCUUUGGGCCGGAUAAACUUGGCUAACUGCACUAAUCAUCAGAUUGAACCUGCCAACAGGGAGUUCUGUGCCCGUCCCAACACUUUUGAACUAAUAACUGUCCGACCUCAGAGAGAAGAUGACCGUGAGACCCUUGUCAGCCAAUGCAGAGACACACUCUGUGUUACAAAGAACUGGCUGUCUGCUGAUACUAAAGAAGAGCGUAACCUUUGGAUGCAAAAGCUCAACCAAGUCCUCAUUGACCUUCACAUGUGGCAGCCUGAUGCCUGCUACAAACCUACUAGAAAGCUUUAAACUUGGGAAGGGAACUACAUAAGAAAAUAAUGUAAAUGAAAAUGUGGAAGUCUUCUGGGUCACUUAUGCUUUAAGUUUGAGAGAGUAUUUAACAUUAUACAAGACUAUGUUAUGCUAUGUUAUGUUAUUUUUAUUUCACUUUAAAAAUUUAAAA